UUCCGGUAUUCUAGCAAGUUUUUGUUUUUUUAUUUUUAUAUUUCCCUACUGUAUUUAGCGAAGUUUGGAAGGUGGUAGCAACAAUGAGCGGGGGUUUGGUGCCCAGUAAAAGCACGAUAUAUGUUGGCAAUCUUCCCUUUUCACUGACAAACAACGAUAUUCACAAAAUAUUUGAAAAAUAUGGAAAGGUUGCAAAGGUAACUAUCUUGAAGGAUCAUGCAACAAGGAAAAGUAAAGGUGUGGCUUUUGUGAUGUUUGUUGAAAAAGAUUCAGCCUUCAAAGCUGUCCGAGCUUUGAACAGAACAAAGAUGUUUGAUAGAACCAUUACAUGUACAGUAGCUAAAGACAAUGGAAGAGCUAAAGAAUUCAUCAAGAGGAAAGAUUACCCAGAUAAAUCUAGAUGUUAUGAAUGUGGUGAAGAAGGACAUCUGAGUUAUAAAUGCCCCAAAAAUCUACUAGGGGAAAGAGAACCUCCUCCAAAGAAAGAAAGAAAAAGGAAAAAGUUUGAAGGAGAGGAUGAUACAGAGGAAGAGGAAGAAGACAGUGAUGAUAACACAGAAAACCCAGCGUUAGACAGUCUGGCUGCUGCCAUCAAAUAUCAGAGAGAACAGAUGGAAAAGACGUCAAUGAGGUAUGGGGAGAGUAGUAUGUAUUUUGCUGAUGUUGAGGAGGAACCAAAGAAGAAGAAAUACAAAAAGGAUGCCUACUUUAGUGAUGAAGAGGAAAUAGAGGAUGAUACAUGAAUUACUAACUGUUUCCAUAACACCAGCUCUUCUUGUGAUGAGCUUAAGUCUAGUCCCCAGACUGAAAAAGAUGUGAUAGCCACUUGCAAAAGUACUGACCAAAUUUCAUUUAAUUGUUUUCUUGUUUAUGAAAAAAAAUACAUGUAUGAUAUUUGUUAUAUACACCACAAUAUCUGUUUCAAUUUUUUUUAUUACUAGAAGUGUAACUGUAUCAAAGAAAUGUUGUUCAUACUUAUUGCUAUAUUAUGGAAAAUUUGAUAAAAUUUAGAAUGAGACAACAACCCAUCAAAGAGCAGAUAACAACCAAAAGCAUACUGUGUCACAUAUUUUGAAGCAAUGUUGCCUCAGUAUGACUGUCAACUAUUUUGAUGGUUCCAGCAUUCUAUUACUUUUACAUUUAAUCCUUAUGAUAUUUUAACAUUUCCUGAUAUGUGUUUGGUAAUACACUAGCUUUAAAAUCAACUAAACUAUGUAUGUAGAUAUUAUUGACCAUCAAUGAUAGUAAAAUGUUGUCACUGUGUAGGUGCACAACUUUUGUUACAUAGCACUUACGAUCGAUAAAACUUUGUAUGCAGAAAUUGUGAAAUCCAGAUUUGUCAAAUACCAAAAUUAAGUCAUUCGGACAUUGACCCCUACUAGGCUUUAAAGCUUAUUACCUUAUCAGUACUAAUGACUUAUUUCUCACAUUAUUCAUAUGCAUGUAUUUGUUAGUGAUUGUG